AUGGAUGAAGAGGAAAAGGAGGUAAAGGAUGAAGAAGCAUCCGUAGCUGUGCGAGGUCCUGGCUCUCAGUACUUGCUGUAUAUGAUGAACGAAGAGCUGAUCGACAAAUUGAAACUAUUGAAUUACGAACAAGAAUACGUUUCAAUUUCAUCUAGUCAUCGUCCAAUUUCUAGGCAUUAUUUUGUUGAAAGCGAUAAUGUCGGUGAGCAAUUUUAUUUAUUCACAACGUUAUGUGGUUGGCUCAUGCAAAAAGCAAUUAAUCCGAAUUUCACGAUGCCACAAGAGUUUGAUGACCCAAACGCAACUAUAUCGAAUAUACUUUGCGAAUUACGUAACAAGCAAGUACCCGUAGAUUUUCCACCCAAUAAACUGAAAUCAGGUUCUGGAGAGCAGUGCCUUUAUGUGCUUGAUCAGCUGAGUGAUCUUGCUCUUGUUUCUAAAACAUUUACAUGGUGUAGAGCUGAACCAGUCGCAGAAGAUGAUGAAGAAAUCGAUGUUGGUGUUGAUGAAGCUGAGAUAACUGCAGAACAAUUCGAUGAAGAGUUGGACGUGACAGCUGCUGAUGAUGAUGACAAUGGAAUUCUUAUGGAUCUGCAGUCAGCUCCAAUCCUAGGAGUCGAUUCAGAUGAACCGAAAGAGCAGCCAAUCGAAAGCAUACUUCACAGCGAAACAAAUUCAAAUUCUUGGAAACUUGAAGUAGAACGGAUGGCACCACAGCUUAAAAUCACGAUACGUCAAGAUGCAAAGGAUUGGCGAAUGCAUCUUGAACAAAUGCGAACGCAUCGCAAUUGUGUUAGUGAUUUGAUGAAUGAGACAUGGCCGUCAAUCGACAAUCUCUCGAAGGAUCUAGAAAAAAGUCUUGAGCGCAUCAAUACACGUGAGAAACAUCUGAACAAUCAAUUGGAUAGUUUAUUGAAUCAACUCCGUGCUGCACAAGAUAAGAUGGCUGAAUCGAAGGAAAAGUACAAAGAGGCAAGUGGUGGCAUAACGGAACGAACGCAAAAUCUUCAAAGGAUCAGUGACGAAAUCGAACAGAUCAAGGAGCAGAUUGAUGAACAAGGACAACGCAACAAUGACGGCGCACCAAUGGUACGGAUCAAACAAGCAUUGACAAAACUAGAAUCUGAUAUAACGAAAAUGGAUGUACAAAUUGGUGUAAUUGAACAAUCGCUUCUUCAGUGUCAAUUGAAAGAUCGUAUUGCCUACUCGACCGAUUCAUAUGCAAAUUUUUGA